CUCCACUUCUUCGGAUCAGGACCCUCCUUCAUUCGCAAUGCUCGGUCGCCGCAACAUGGAGAAAUACUUCCGAGUAGCGAGGAACACUGCUAUUAAUCCCAGGAGCACAUCGGCUGGCAGGCUACUCAGGAGCUCGACGCUAUUUUCAUACGGACAGCAUCAGGCACAAAGACAGCCUUCAGCCCAUAGCUAUGCCUUUGCUCAGCUCAGGUACCUCCGACAAAUGUCGACACCGGAGCUGCGGAAGGAGUUUACGGAUUUUUUUGUCAAUGAGUAUAGUCAUGUGCCUGUCAAGAGCUCCAGUUUGAUCCCACAUAACGACAAAUCCUUGAUGUUCACGAACGCAGGGAUGGUUCAGUUCAAAGACUACUUCAGGAACCCCGCGACAGCACCAUUCAAGCAGGCAACAAGCAUUCAAAAGUGCAUGAGAGCUGGAGGAAAGCACAAUGACCUGGACAAUGUCGGCUACACGCCCCGCCACCACACGUUCUUUGAGAUGCUCGGCAACUUUUCAUUCGGGGAGUAUUCAAAGAGCAGAGCCAUUCAAAUGGCAUGGCGUUUCCUGACAGAAGUCGUGAAGCUACCCAAGGAUCGUCUUCGCGUCACUGUUCUAGCAUCAGAUCAAGAGUCGUUCGACAUCUGGAGGAACCAAGAAGGUAUUCCGGAGGAAAAGAUUAUCCGCUGCGACGCCAAGGACAACUUUUGGACGAUGGGCGAAGGAGCUGGACCCUGUGGGCCUUGUACAGAGAUCUUUUGGGACACUCAGAACGACGACCUAGGAGAUGACCGAUGGCUUGAGAUCUGGAACCUGGUCUUCAUGCAGCAUUAUAGAAACGAUCAAGGACAGCUCGAGAAUCUUCCAAUUAUCUGUGUGGAUACUGGCAUGGGCCUGGAGCGACUGGCGGCUGUUGUCCAGAGCAAGGAGAACAACUUUGAGACUGAUGUAUUUGGUCCGCUCUUUGAGGGCCUGCACAAGAUCAUGGGAGACGCUGGAAUCGAGUCAUCUCGCGACAUCAAUUCCUCACCCCACAAGAAAAUCAUUGUGGAUCAUAUGCGGGCUAUGAGUUUUUUGAUCGCUGACGGAGUGAUCCCCAGCAACGUUGGGCGUGGUUAUGUUCUCAGGAGAAUCAUUCGACGUGCCCUUCGUUCUGGCAACCAACUGGGGUUCACAAAGCCAUUUAUGACCGACUUGUAUCCUUAUCUUUUGAAAUCAUUCAGCGAUGGCGUCUAUUCUGAAAUGGUAUCAAGGCAGGACUCUAUUAAAGGCAUCAUUCACCAGGAGGAAGAGAUCUUCAUGGGCACACUUUCCAAGGGCUUGGCUCUUUUGGAGCCAGUUUUCAAGCAAAAAGAUCUUACCAGCUCAAAACAGGUGCCAGCCGAAAUUGCCUUUAAACUGUACGACACUUUUGGGUUUCCCUUGGAUCUCACAGUCCUGAUAGCUGAGGAACGAGGCUGGUCUGUCGACCUUGCUGCGGUUGAAAAGCUGAGACAGAGACAGCAGGAGCAGGGGCGAGCAUCAUGGAAGGCGGGUUCAAGUCUGAUGCACUCCAAGGCGCUCGAGUGGAAGGAGCUGGGCAUCUUCCCGACAUUUUCAGGUUACCAGCGCGAUGUGUUGACGGGUCAGCCAUCGACAGUUUUGGCGGCUCAGAGCACUGGGGAUGGUACGGGCGAUAUGAUUCUGGCGAUCGAGCCCUGUCCGUUUUAUGGAUUAGGUGGUGGACAAAGCCCCGACGCUGGAUCUAUCAAGUUAGCUAACGGAAGCGAGUGGCGUGUUGUCGAUGUUUUUUCGCCAUAUGAACGAGGCCUGGCUAUCCGUGUCCAGCCCAUGUCAGAGGAGUCGCUCACGGAGGAAGAUAUGCUGUGUAUGCACAAAGGGUUCCAGGUAACAGCAUUUGUCGAUACAGAGCGGAGGGAGGGGGUCGCAGCCCACCAUAGUGCAACACAUCUGCUGAACGCUGCGCUAAGAAAGUCGCUUGGGAAGCCCAUCAUGCAAGCUGGUUCUUUGGUCGAGCCUGGACGACUCCGCUUCGAUUUUACACAUGGCAAACCUGUCGAUCAGAACCAGAUCCGAGAAAUUGAGGACUGGAUUAACACAACUGCGCUUCAAAGCGUACGACCUGUUAUCAAAGAAUACCCACUCCAACAAGCGAUCGAUAUGGGCUCAAUAGCUGUGUUUUCGGAAAAAUAUGGCGAGGUCGUCCGCGUUGUAGAUUUCCCCAAGGUGUCGAUGGAGUUGUGUGGCGGUACACAUGUUGAGGACCUCUCAAGGAUCUAUCCUUUCAAAAUUUUGUCCGAGGGAUCUGUCGCUGCAGGCACGAGAAGAAUCGAGGCUGCGGUCGGAAAGGCAGCGAUCCAGCAUUUCAUUGAACAGGAUCGCAUGGUCACAGGGCUGAACCAGGACCUGAAGGUGUAUGCGACCAGCGCAGGUAAUGGGCUUGAUCUCAAGGUUAAUCGGAUGAAGGACCAAGUUGCAGAUCUCUCCCGUCAAUAUAACCGUCUGCUUGAGAAGCUCGCCAAAGCACCAACCUCUGUCCCAACAAAAAAAGGAACACUCGGUUUUUUGUCAAAUUCAAGCAGUGCAACAGGCGAUGAUGGCACUACAGCGCCAUUAUUUAUUCAUGAACUGGACGCCGAUAUCUCGGAUCAGGACUAUUAUUCUAAAAGGGCAAACCUUGUAAGGGACCAGGAACCAGGAGCGGUGCAUGUCCUUGUAUGGAAAGAGAACGUGGUUGUGGCAUUGGAUCAGAAACAGUUUCCAAAGCUGCAUGCAGGCAAGGUUCUUAAGAGCGUGCUGGAUCAAAUUGGAGGGGGCAAAGGCGGGGGUCAGCCCCAGCUGGCUCGCGGAAAGAUGACAGGCGAUGGCGCCUUUGAGAGAUUGGUUCAACUUGCACAAGGCAUUACGAUUUCGUAGCAGACAGAGUCCUCCUAAUAAAAAUCGACUAUAGAGACUG